AAGGGGAGGACGACUGUGGGCGCUAGUCCUCGGGGGAUAAUGGCGAAUCGGAUCGCCCGGCGAUGAUGUGAGACGGGACGCGAGCGACCCCCGGAGGCUAUAUUCCACGCCUGAUUUGCGACUGCAGCAGCCCGCCCUGUCUCCGAGUUCUGAGGCGAGGUUCGGAAGGCGCUGCUGGUGCCCUGGCAGCGAAAGUUACUCUCUCUCGUUUAUUAGUCGCCAGCCGGUGCCUGACACAAUCGUCUCAAUUUCUCGCUCGUUGCCUCCCUCCCUUCCUCCCUCCCUCCCUUACUCCCUUCUUUUCUUUGAGUCUUCCUCUGCGACGCCCAUUAGCGUAGUCGAGCUAGCAGUAGUGUUUGCAUGUAGUUUUUUUUGUCACCGCCAUCGUGUUCUCGUUGAAUAGAACUCGCGACCGUAGCGAUGGACGCACAUCGGAUCUGUACGUUCCGGCGUUCGAUUCUGACAUACUUUUUUCUGUCCUUAGUCGUAGUUUGCCAUGCGCGUGUGCCUUCUUCCCCUUCUAUAACUGAGAAAGAUGAGGGCUUCAGUGAAGAAGGUUCGGGGUUGCGGUUGGUAUCGUCCUCUAGUUCUGAGAAUUCCUUCUGGCAGUCGAAAUGGGAGGCCAUCAAGUCUCCGUUCGUUGGCGCAGCCGAGUUGGAGGAGUGCGAGGAGAAUUAUGGCAUCUUCCCGUGCUCGACCACUGCGGGAGGAAAUUUGUUCCUCCUGUUAGUGUAUGGAUUCUGUCUGCUGAAGGCUGCCCAAUGCUUGUCCGAAGGAAGCGAGCUUUUGCUCACCGUAUUGAAUCCCGGUCUGAUUGGAGGCCUUCUCCUCCCCAUUCUUGGAGCCAUGCCCGAUGCCCUUCUCAUCCUCGUUUCCGGUUUGUCAGCAAGUCAGGAGGACGCGCAAGCUCAAGUCUUGGUGGGCAUGGGUUUGCUCGCUGGAUCUACAAUCAUGCUGCUUACACUUCUAUGGGGAAGCUCUCUCAUUUUAGGUCGCUGUGAUCUUGUCGAGGCAUACGGAGGAAGAGUGGUCGCAAAAGAUAGAACACUGACCAAAGGCUGGAGUCUAACAGAAACUGGAGUCACCACUGACCAGCAGACAAGGGUGUCAUCGUGGAUUAUGAUGGUAACAGUGUUGCCGUACUUGGUUGCGCAAUCUCCUGUUAUAUUUGGUUGGUCGGCGGAGGCAGGUCGCAUUGCCGUGCUAGUGGGUUGUGCAAUGUCUCUAAUUGGACUUGCAAGCUACUGCACAUAUCAGGUGGCUUUCCCUUGGAUUCAGCAACGAUGGAUAUAUAGGGCGAUGCAAAAAGUGCACCGAUCCCAUGUGUUACACAGAAUGUCUUCCUACGCGCAUAAAAACACACUGGGAAGUCUUCUUCAGGAAGAUGGAAGAACGCCUAACACGACUGUUUUGUACCGAUUGUUUGAUCAAUUCGACGUAAACAACGACCGACAUUUGUCCCGAGAAGAGGUUCGAGGUUUAAUCGUAGGUCUGGGUAUUGAAUCUGGUCUCGUCCCGAAUGAGGAGGUAGUGAAAGACUGGAUGAAGGAACUGGACAUUAAUGAGAAUGGAAAAAUGUCCCAGGAAGAGUUUGUAACUGGUAUGAAGAAGUGGAUCGCAAGUUUUAAUCUCCCCAGGGAGAAACCAAAGAGGGUCGUAAAAGCAAGCGAACCUUCAAGCGCCGAAACUGAAACCCCACAUUUGUUUUUUCAUAACCAAAGAGAGGAAGCUCAAAAUUCAUACGCAGCAUUGCUUAGCGACCAGCAUGAGGAAGAAGACGAAGAAGAGGAAGAGGGGUCGCACCCACCCACGAAGGGACAAAUUAUCUUCCAUGCCGUGCUCUAUUUAAUGGCUGGUGCCGCGAUUGCAGGAAUCAUGGCUGAUCCCCUGGUUGGAGCCAUUGGGAAUUUUUCCAAAACCACUGGCAUUUCGCCUUUCUUUAUUUCUUUCGUAGCAACCCCUAUGGCCACAAAUUCGAGCGAAGCAAUUUCAUCAUUGUUGUUCGCCUUGAAGAAGAAGAAGAAGAACAUAUCCAUGACCUAUUCUCAGAUUUAUGGAGGAGUGACCAUGAACAACACUAUGUGUCUCGCCAUCUUUUUGGCAGUUGUCUACUACAGAGGUUUGACAUGGGAUUUCUCCUCGGAGGUUUUAGUGAUUCUCGUGGCAACCGUCGUAAUUGGUGUUCUAGCUUCUGUGCGCGUCACCUUCCCUUUCUGGAUGGCUCUGAUCGCUCUGGCUCUAUAUCCUAUCUCAGUAGCAAUGGUAGCCAUUUUGGACUACGUUUAUGGAUGGCAAUGAGGUUGUCUUUUCUAGGAACGAGUUGAGUUUAAUGUAGAAAUAUAAAAAAAAUCAAAUCCUGUGUAUACGUACAUUCAGUUGGCAUAUCAAGUUUUUUGCUACCACGAUCACCAGAGUCAUCUACGCAGAGAACAUGUGUCUAGUUGCCCACUGGAUUACGGUGUACACCUUUCCGCUUAUUUGAAGUCAAUGCCGGUAUCGACACUCAAUUCUCUUUGUAUGAGGCAAAGUAGAAUUUUGUUACACUAAUAUUAAGUGAAUCCUUUACAUCAAAUCUGAAGGUGAGCAACCUUCGGUAGAAAGACAUAUCAACGAGAAAUCACGUGUCUCACCAUUUGGGGAUAUCUUUUUUUUCCAGUCCGAUUCCUUUGAAGCCGCAGUCGCAAUCCGCUGUAGUUCCACUCCCUCGUAGACAGACAUCUUAGAUAUGGUGUCUACCCAUAUGUUCCUUUGCAAGUGACACUCUUAUUUAUGGCUUGCGCUCCAGCGUUCCUCGGACCUACGGGAGGUUUCAAGAAGGCCUUAUCCCCUCCUUGUAGACUAAUCUGAAUGUUACAAACCGGUAUUCACGAGCAGCUGUCAAGGAUU